CUCGUGCACUACAACAGACCUUCCGUUAAGUGUAAAGAGCGGACUUCACCGUGCUCAACGCUUCCGCGUCUGGUGUGAACCAGAACAACUGUGAAUUGUAUUGGAAGACACUUUGACACUAACAGUCUCAUAUCAGCAGCCUAACGGAGUUGAAAUACAACUAAUAAUAAAUAAAAACAGUCAGGCAAUUACUCGCGAACGAGAAUGAGCUCGGUGAUCCGCAGGGCGACGCCGGUCCGACGGGCUCUGGCUCUCACGCUUUGUCUCCGGGCGAACACCGAGGGCUCGGCCGAGAACGGGCGCUUCCGUCCCGGCGCAGCUGCUGACAUCGGCCCGCUACGAGCGACCAGCAGGUCGUAUUGCUCCAGGAUGUCGCUGACCAAAGGACUGCUCUUUAGACAACUUUUUGAGUUGGAGACCAGCACCUACACCUACUUGCUGGCCGACGCCGAGACCAAGGAGGCAAUCCUCAUCGAUCCUGUACUGGAGACCAUUGACAGGGACCUGAAGCUCAUCCAUGAACUGGGCCUCAAUCUAAAAGUGGCAGUAAAUACCCAUUGUCAUGCCGACCACAUCACGAGCACUGGGCUGAUGAAGAAAAGAUUGGUUGGUCUGAGGAGCGCAAUCUCCAAAUUCAGCGGUGCCUCUGCGGACAUCCUGCUGUCAGAGGGAGACAAGAUCACCUUUGGAAAACAUUAUCUGACGGUGAGAGAGACACCGGGACACACUGAUGGGUGUGUGGCGUUGGUGUCAGGUGAUCAGAGCGUGGCGUUUACUGGAGACGCUCUGCUCAUAAGAGGCUGCGGCAGGACAGACUUCCAGCAGGGCUGCCCCGAGAAGCUCUAUAAGUCGGUCCAUCAGAAGAUCUUUACUCUGCCUGACCAGUGCCUUGUCUAUCCUGCACAUGACUACUUAGGUCAGACUGUGACGACAGUCGGUGAGGAGCGCAAGUUUAAUCCGCGCUUGACCAAGAGCCUGGAAGAGUUUGUGAAAAUCAUGAAUAACCUGAAUCUCCCCAAGCCGAAAAAAAUAGAUACUUCAGUGCCUGCUAAUUUGAUUUGUGGAGUACACAAAGUCUGACUGUCCUGCUGGCGGAAGGAUUUUAUUUUUAUUCUUCAAGAUAAUGUUUCUCCUUUUUCAUAGAUUUUUACCUUUUUUAUGAAAUGGGUGAGAGCAAGAAAUGAUUAUGACAUUGUACUUAUAUGACAUAAAGGGAGAACGGGAUUUUAAUCAAAUCAAUUACAUACAGAAUGAGAAUAAUUUACACUCGCCAAGUAUGUGCACAUAGCCAAGUGAUUAACAUAUCAGCAGAAUCAACCUAAAACUGCUCUCCUUUAUGUAUUUAUGUAAAUGUAUAAUGUAUAUAUAUUUUUUAAUAAUAAUGCAUUUUAUUUGUUAGGCACUUACCAUUUUAGAGUGUAUAGCUGGCUUCAUCGGGAUAAUGCUUCACAUUAAAAUACAAUCAGCUUUAUUAAAACUAUUAGAAAUGAGAUCUAAAUAUCUGUACAUGAGGGGAAAAACACUAUUAAUAUAGUUUAUAUUUUAAUUAAAUUGAAAUGUGUCUUUGUGACUGUAUUCAGCUGUGUUGUUAUGAUUUAAGAAAAAAAGGAAAAUCUCAAAUGGGAAUAUUCCAGUCAAGGUUUGGUUUGGUAUUCAUGAAUGCUUAACUGGGACAACUGAGUUCUACCCCAUGGCCUUUCCAGUGAGUCCGGACCCUUUUAGCCAAGGUCUCACACACACGCACACACACACACGCCACUCAAACUACUGCCAGCCUCGGCCUUUUGCAUAGCAGGAAAAUCAAACUACGCUAUUUGCAUUCAGAAUCCCAAAGGGCAGAGUCUCCAUCGACAACAUGCCAUUGUUUGUGCUCUCAUCAGUUCCUCUAGAUGUUUAAUAGACAAGAGUUUCUGUUGACACAUGUAUUGUUAUCUCGCUUAGAUAUGAAGAGGAGUAUCGCCACCAAGUAUCAACACAGUGCCGUCUGGGUUUCAAGAGGGUGUGUGUGUGUGGGGCUCUCAGCCUGCAUUCAUCCGCCAGUAAGACAGGUUUUUGGGAAUGUCGUCCACAUGCCUCUGCCACAGAAACAUGCUCAUGUGAUAAUGUGCUGUGUGAUGGUGUUGGACUGUUCACAAGCUUUUCAGGGUCAGUAUCCCAACGUUUUCUGUUGUGCUGCUUUUGAGUGAAUCGAAAGUUAAUACUGUCAACACACACACACACACCAUAUUUACCAGCUGUCCCUGUCGGCACUUGAGACUAACAUGAUUUAGACCAUCUCUGCCUCGCCAAUAGACACCUGCAUUUUUAUUUUAUUUUUUAUUGCAAACGGGAGGUUUCUGUGUGUGAAUUAAAGUGUAUAUCUGUAUAUUUA